AUGUCAUUCGAAAUCAUCGAUAAACUCAACCAAGAUUUUCAAAAUCAUCUUAAUAAUAAUCAAAUUAAAGAAGCUGUUAGUUCUUAUGCUGAUAAUGCUCGACUUUUUUCUUCCGAUAAACAAAUUUAUCAAGGUUUAAAUCAAAUCGAAAAAUAUUAUUCUGAUACAAAAAAGGCUGGAAAUACACAGGUUGAAUUAUCUACUGAACAAGUUAUUCAAUGUGAUUCAAAUUAUCUUAUUGAAAUAAGUACUUAUAAAGUAAAUACUGAACAAGGAAAUUGUGUUGUCAUUUGGAAAAAAGAUGGUCAAUUUUGGAAAAAAAUCAUUGACAUAUUCAAUUAA